AUAAUACUCUCCAGUCUCCUAGAAACUGCGUUCAUAACAAACCAGUUUAUUAUUGAUCUUUAAAAACUGUUACGAAUACCAUUUAUGUGCAAAUUUUAACCGUUGAAAUUCUACACCAUAGUAAAAGGUUAAACUAAUGACAAAAAUGCGUUUGACAAUAGUGUUAUUGUGGCAUGUACUGUCACUUCUCCAGUCAAUUAGCUGUGAAAGUGAAAUGGAUAAAGAAAAAGUUGUUCCCGACGUAAUAGAUACCGCUCCCAAGGACGUCCUUCAAGUCUCCUACCCCAACGGAGUAUCAGUGAGCAACGGCAUGGUGCUAACUCCAACAAAAGUGAAGGAUCAACCCAAGGUUACGUGGAGCAGUGAAGAAGGCAGCCUUUACACUCUUGUAAUGACCGAUCCGGACGCCCCCAGCCGCAAGAACCCCAAGUUCAGAGAGUGGCACCACUGGUUGGUGGUGAACAUCCCCGGCAACGACAUCACCAAAGGUGACAUCUUAUCGGAGUACAUAGGAGCAGGCCCACCGAAGGACACUGGCUUGCACAGAUACGUUUUGCUCGUCUACAAGCAACCAGGCAAGCUAAAUUGCGAUGAAACGAAGUUGAAGAACAAUUCCGGGAAGAAUAGAGGCAACUUUGCCGUCAGAAAAUUCGCCAAAAAGUACAAUUUAGGCGAGCCGAUUGCUGCCAACUUCUACCAGGCCGAGUAUGACGACUACGUUCCGAAAUUGUAUGCCCAAUUGAAGGACUAGAUUCUGUAUUUAAUAUGUAGUUAUUAACU